GACUUGAGGGCCGCAUCGCAUCUAUCCACCUCAGAAAGCUCUGCUCUCCUUGACAGCUUACCUGCCCAACCAACCAAAAGAAAAGGGAAUGGCAAGCCCACAUCACAUCGCAAUGGAGCUCGUCGACGCCAAGGCCGGCGUAUCCUCCUCCACGGUCGCCGUCCACCACAUGUUCGUCGUCGUCCUCGACGGCGUCGAGACGGACAUCCACGAGGGCACGCUCCACGGCAACCCCGGCAAGCUCACCGUCACCAGCCCCGGCAACCUCUCCGCCGACGGCCUCCAGAGCGUCCUCGUGCGCGGAGGCGGAGGCGGCACCGUCGCCUUCACCCUCUGCGGCGACGCCGCCGCCGAGGGCGUCCAGUCCGCCUCCUUCGUCCAGUGCGGCGCCACGCGCGUCGACGGGGCGCGGGCGGUGUCGGUCUCCCGGUGCCGGUCCGUCGAUGUGGAGCAGGCCGGCAAGGUCACGCUCGAGAGGUGCCGGGAGGUGCGGCUCAGAGGCGGCGGCCUGCUCCGCGCGACCCGCUGCAGGCGCACCGACGUCGAGAGCUUCGGCGAGGUGCGCCUCGCGCGCUGCAAGGGGGCGCGCGCCGACUGGUGCGGCAGCGUGGAGGUCGAGAUGUGCAGGGUCGUGGACGUCAGCCGGUGCGGCGCCGUCACCGGCGACCGGUGCCGCGUCGUGAACGUCUCCGCCUGUGGCAGCGUCGCGGUCACCCACGCCGUCGUCAAGAUGCUGGAGGAAAAGCAGCUGCAACCUCAAUCUCAGCAGCCUCUGUCUCCGCAUUCCAGUGACAGUGAAUGAAAAGCAGCACAUGGACAGCAGUAAGUUCUGUGUACCUUUACCAGAUUUCCUGAAAUUAUAUGGGGUAUUGGCAUGAAAUUGAGAUAGCAAAUCCCUACUCUCCGGACUCAUGAUCAAAUCCUGUUCUCAUUUAUAUUGUACUAGACAUAGUUAGUGUAGUUAUAUAGUAAAAUCUUUUUAGGCUCCCGUUGGAUGUAGAUAUUGGGGCUCAAGGAGUUGAAUUGGUUCAAUAUCAAAUGGGCCUACGUAUUGAAAUGUGAACCGAUUCGAAUUAUGUUGUUUGCAUGUAGUACAUGUAAUUGGCACUUGUAAUUCAAGAGUAGAAAUCAAUUCAAAUUCCUGUUUCGGUGGA